AAUUUUGAAGUGCUCUGUUAAUUUCUGGAAAGGAAGAGACAGAAACCUGAUAGAAGAAACAUUCAUCACUUGAAGAAUGGUACGCAUCACUGCACCUGUAGCAACAGUAGCAACCCACCACCUAUUCUUCGACCAAAACCUUGAUCUGAAGAAGAACAACCUAAGUAGUUUGCCUUCUCCCAGCCAUCAACUCGAGCUUCUACCACCGCUGCGCUACCCCAUUCACACUUUUCCGCGUCUCCUCAUUCCUCAAACAACUACUUUCACCAUGAAGGAGCCAAAGAAAAAGAAAAGAAAAGAGGCUACAACCUCAGACAUAUUGCACUUGAUGGACGCUCUACCUUUUCCUAUACCCGUUGACAUCUAUACCUCAUUGAUAAAAGAGUGCACUGUUUCCGGUGACCCAGAAACUGCCAUUGAGUUGUACACCCACAUCUCCAAGAGCGGCAUGAAACCCCCCUUGCCUUUCCUCAAUCGGAUUCUCAUUAUGUUUGUGUCCUGUGGCCUGUUGGAAAAUGCACGCCACAUGUUUGACAAAAUGCGUGUUAGGGACUUCAACUCUUGGGCGACCUUGUUUGUUGCGUACUAUGAUAAUGCUGAUUAUGACGAGGCUACAGCUGUUUUUGUCAACAUGUUAGGCCAAUUGGGUACGUUGGAGUUUCCUCCGUGGAUAUGGGCUUGUCUUCUCAGGGCUUGUGCAUGCACUUUGAAUAUCCCUCUGGGAUUGCAAGUUCAUGGCUGGUUGUUGAAGUUGGGUACUUGUGAUCAUGUGCUUCUCAGCAGCUCUUUGAUAAACUUUUACGGGAGAUUCACGAGCCUGAAAGAUGCGAGUGCGGUCUUCAAUGGGGUGUCGCGGCAUAACACGCUGACUUGGACGGCUAAAAUCGUUAGUGGUUGCAGGGAAAGUCAUUUCUCUGAGGUUUUUGGCGACUUCAGGGAGAUGGGAAUGCGAGGGGUGAAGAAGGACUGCUUCACGUUUUCUAGUGUUCUCAAGGCGUGUGGAAAGAUGUUGAAUCAGGAACGAUGUGGUGAACAAGUCCAUGCUGAUGCCAUCAAACUUGGGCUGGUCUCGGAUCACUAUGUGCAGUGUAGUUUGAUUGCCAUGUAUGGAAGAUGUGGGUUGUUAAGAGAUGCAAAACAAGUGUUUGAGAUGAUCCGAGAGGAGAAAAAGGUUGAUUGCUGGAAUGCUAUGCUUUCGGGUUACACAAGGAAUGGUUUCUACAUUGAAGCUGUUAAGUUUCUGUAUCAGAUGCAGGCAGCUGGAAUGCAGCCCCGGGAAUCUCUGGUUAAAAAAUUAAGAAUUGCUUGUGGCAGUACUCAAACAUGAAUUAACUGUAUGAAAGUAUAUUAUUGUACAUUAACAGUGUAAAAAAAUGUUGAAUGGAUACCCCAACCUUCUUAUAUAUAUAUUUUUUUCAAAUUGCUUUAGAAGUUUCCCAAAGGAAUGAAUAUCUAAGUGUUAUUUACAUAAUAUUGUAUAAACUGAGGCCUCGAAAUCCUUAGGCAGAAGAAAAUAAGUAGUAUAGUUUAAAACCUAGCUGAAAUGAAAUACAAGGUCAAAAGUAUCGGAUAUUCUUCA